CGGACGGCGCGGAGGGAGAUCUGAGCGGCGUCUGCUGGCGGCUGCGAAUGAAGUGAGCGGCUGGUGGCUGAGAAGGAAAGUGGCCAUGGAAGACCUGGGGGAAAACACCACUGUCUUAUCCACUCUGAGGUCUUUGAACAACUUCAUUUCUCAGCGAGUGGAGGGAGGAUCUGGACCGGAUAUUUCCACCUCUGCCCCAGGUUCUCUGCAGAUGCAGUACCAGCAGAGCAUGCAGUUGGAAGAAAGAGCAGAGCAGAUCCGUUCCAAGUCUCACCUCAUCCAGGUGGAGCGGGAGAAGAUGCAGAUGGAGCUGAGUCACAAGAGGGCUCGAGUGGAGCUGGAGAGGGCGGCAAGCACCAGCGCCAGGAACUACGAGCGCGAGGUUGACCGCAACCAGGAGCUCCUGUCACGCAUUCGGCAGCUACAGGAGCGGGAGGCUGGGGCGGAGGAAAAGAUGAAGGAGCAGCUGGAGCGUAACAGGUUGUGUAAGCAGAGCCUGGACGCUGCCAACAAGAAGCUGCGGGAGAAGGAGGACAGCCUGGCCGAAGCCGGUGAGACCAUCAGCAUGUUAAAGGGGAGGAUCUCAGAACUGCAGUGGAGUGUGAUGGACCAGGAUAUGCAGGUGAAGCGCCUGGAGGCUGAGAAGCAGGAGCUGAAGGAGCAGCUUGACAUGCAGCAUGAAAAAUGGCAGGAAGCAAAUAAAAAAAUUCAGGAACUUCAGGCCAGCCAAGACAUGAGAGCAGACCAUGAGCAGAAGAUCAAGGAUUUGGAGCAGAAGCUGUCCCUGCAAGAGCAGGAUGCUGCGAUUGUGAAGAACAUGAAGUCUGAGCUGGUGCAGCUCCCCAAAAUGGAGCGGGAGCUGAAGCAGCUGCGGGAAGAGAAUGCUCACCUGCGGGAGAUGAGAGAGACCAACGGGCUGCUCAGAGAGGAACUGGAAGGGCUUCAGAGGAGGCUGGGGCGCCAGGAGAAGAUGCAGGAAACUCUGGUUGGCUUGGAACUGGAGAAGGAGAGGUUGCUGGCGAAGCUGCAAAGCUGGGAGAGACUGGACCAGAGCACGGGCUUGAACAUCAGGACUCCGGAAGAUCUUUCCAGGUUCGUUGUUGAGCUGCAGCAGAGAGAGCUUGCCCUGAAGGACAAGAACAGUGCCAUCAACAGCAGUGCCCGGGGGCUGGAGAAGGUCAGGCAGCAGCUUCAGGAGGAGGUGCGCCAGGUCAGUGGUCAGCUGCUGGAGGAGAGGAAGAAGCGUGAGACCCACGAGGCACUGGCCCGAAGGCUCCAGAAGCGAGUGCUACUGCUAACGAAGGAGCGAGACGGUAUGCGUGCCAUCCUGGGGUCCUAUGACAGCGAGCUGACCCCUGCUGAGUACUCGCCCCAGCUGACCCGCCGCAUGCGGGAGGCCGAGGACAUGGUGCAGAAAGUGCAUGCCCACAGCACGGAGAUGGAGGCUCAGCUGUCACAGGCCCUGGAGGAGCUGGGAGGCCAGAAACAAAGAGCGGACAUGCUGGAGAUGGAGCUGAAGAUGCUGAAAUCCCAGUCAAGCUCUGCUGAGCAGAGCUUUCUGUUCUCCAGAGAGGAGGUGAACACACUCAGGUUAAAGAUUGAGGAGCUGGAGGGGGAGAGGAGUCGACUGGAAGAAGAAAAGAAGAUGCUUGAAACGCAGCUUGAGAGGCGCAUUCUGCGGGGUGACUAUGACCAAGGCAGAACCAAAGUGCUGCACAUGAGCCUGAACCCCACCAGUGUGGCCAAGCAGCGCCUGCGUGAGGACCGCGACCGGUUGCAGGAGGAGUGCGAGCAGCUGCGGGAGCUUGUGCGUGCCCUGGAGAGAGGAGGCCCCAUCCCAGCUAACCUGGAGGCCGCUGCGUGUCUGCCGUCAUCCAAGGAGGUGGCAGAGCUGAGGAAGCAGGUGGAAAGCGCUGAGCUGAAGAACCAGAGGCUGAAGGAGGUCUUCCAGACCAAAAUCCAGGAGUUCCGCAAAGUGUGCUACACGCUGACAGGCUACCAGAUAGACAUCACCACGGAGAACCAGUACCGGCUGACCUCCCUGUAUGCUGAGCACAAGACCGACUGUCUCAUCUUCAAGGCUACAGGACCCUCAGGCUCCAAGAUGCAGCUGCUGGAGACAGAGUUCUCACGGACGGUGGGCGAGCUCAUCGAACUGCACCUUCUGCGCCAGGACAGCAUCCCGGCCUUCCUCAGCUCUCUCACCCUUGAGCUCUUCAGCCGCCAGACCAUGGCCUAGCCUGCAGCCUGUGGGCCAUGCUUGGACCUGUCCUUGCAGGUCCCAGCCCUACCUGGUCGCCAGGCUGUGUGCUGUAUCCCCUGGGGGCAGGAUCAUGAGAUGAUCAGGACCCAUAAGCCUGGACCCAGCCACAGCCCACCCAGACAGCCAGCACCUAUCUCAACAUGCCCAGGUGGCAGGGCUUAGGCUGCUCAGGAUGUCCUGGCCAACCAUAACCCACCUCUGCUUUGCUGCACUCCAGGGAAGCACAGUGUCUAUCCUGGGCCUCCAGGGCCUUGUCCUCCCACUUCUUCCUAGAAGGGUGGGCAUGAGGCUGCUCUCCGAGGCAGGCCUGGGCAGCCUGGUGGAGCACUAACUACUCUGUGGGGCCACUUCUCUGCCCUCUCCUGAGGUGUCCCUAUACCAGCUGUCCCUACCCACAAAAACCUGUCCAUCCAGGAGCCUGACGGGGGGGCCUGUGUCACACCCCAGGCUCCUCGCCCAUAUGAAAUAAAGUUUUCCUCCCCA